AUUUACAUCAUCUUUUUCCGAGUCUUCAAUUUCAUUUUCUUCUUACCAUCUUCUUCGAUUUCUUUAUUACUUGAGAUUGUUCUUGCAUCUUAGCUGUGGGAAACUAAAAUUUAGGAAAGCGACCAGCCUUGGUGAAAAUCAAAAAAAGAAAAUGGCAGAACUGAGUUUGGGAAUUCUAAUUGACAUUGUUGAUGAAGAAUGGAUGAGAGACACUCUCCCUGAUGAUGAUCUUCCACUGCCCCCAACACUGGUUGUAAGGACAGAUGAUACUGAGGACUCAAAUCAGGAGACUCAACAAGUUAACGUGGAUGCUUGGCACGAUCUUGCCUUGGGUCAAGAAUAGAAGUUUCAUUUACUUUUAUGUUAUGCUUUGUAGUUAGUGAGUACAGAUGAUGCUUCCUGUUUAAUGAAUUCAAAGUUUAUAAACAUGUUAAGGUAAGGAAUUGUUAAAAGUUUAUAAACCUGAUAUGGUAUUACUGAAUUGUGUCAUUGCUGAAUACUAUUUGUUUUACUGUCAUGAAAGCACUCUUGGAUUUUUGCUGGUUUAAGCAACUUUAGGGCAUCCCCGAGCCUAAGGGUUAUUGGUA